CACUCAGCGGCUCUGACACGCCACACAACUUGGGGGUGAAGAAGAAGAAGAAAAGUCGAGCCGUCGCGAAGGAGAAAAAAGAGUUCGCAGGAGAUUCUUGUCCAUAUUUUGGUGCAAAAUUGUAUGUUUUAGGUGAUACAAGUGAGCAUAGGCGGUGCAGGAAGAGUGCAGGAUGUCUGGCUUCAACGACAAUAUCUUCGGUGGACAGAUUGAUAAUCCGUUUGCGGAUCCGUCAGUUCAACAAGUGGCGCACAACACAACGAACCAACAGCGCGGCCUGGAAGACUACAAUCCCUUCGAGGAUGACAAUCCGCCAAAGACACAGCCGCCUCGGCCCGUGCAGAUCGGCCAGCCGGCCAUCGUGCAGCCCACAAAUGAGGCCACCUCGGCCUACUCACAGUACAGCCAGCCCCAGAUCACCACGGAGGACCUGCAGCGGCGGCAGGAGGAGCUGGAGCGGCGGGCGGCCGAGCUGGAGAGGCGCGAGCGCGAGCUGCGCUCCAACACAGAGCCCGUGCGCCGCAACAACUGGCCGCCGCUGCCCGAGAAGUGCUGCUUCCAGCCGUGCUUCUACCACGAGAUCCAGGUGGACAUCCCGUCGGAGUUCCAAAGAGUCGUGCGACACCUGUACUAUGUGUGGAUCAUGUACGCGGGGGUGAUGUGCGUGAACAUAAUCGGGGCCAUGGUGCUCAUGAUACACAGCAGGGACUUCUCAACAUUCGGCCUGUCCAUCCUCUUUGCAUUCCUCUUCACGCCGGCCUCUUGGCUCUGCUGGUACCGUCCUGCUUACAAGGCUUUCCGCAAUGACUCGAGCUUCAACUUCAUGGUGUUCUUCUUCGUGUUCUUCUUCCAAAUGUGCGUCACCAUCAUUCAGACCAUUGGGAUUCCGGGCAUGGGCACGUGUGGAUUCAUUGUGGCACUCAGUGUCUUCGACAGCUCCGUCGGUGGGAUCUUUCUGGGGCUCUUCUUGCUCCUGAUCGCCAUUGGCUUCGGCACUUGCGCCGCUGGGGACGUUAUGAUGCUUACCAAGAUCCACUCAAUCUACCGGAGUUCCGGCGCAAGCUUCGCCAAGGCUCAGGCGGAGUUCACCACGGAGUUUAUGCGCAAUCCGCAUGUGCAGCAAGCCGCCACGAAUGCCGCCUCGGCGGCGGUGAAUUCUCAGAUGAACAACAGAUAUUGAUAAAGAGCUCGCUGCCCCUUUUUCGCCUUCGCCACGCCAAUGUCUCGGUGAUUCACACGCCGGGAUAUUUUGUCGGGUGAUUGUUUGUGUAUCUUUCCACCCAGACGAAGAGAUUGAGAGAGAGAAAGGAAGAUGGUGAGCGAAAGGAGGAGUGUGCGAAAUCAGUCACUUAUUUAUUUGAUUUUUAAAUUGACUUUGAUAAAAAGGAAUCCCUUGAUUUUUUUUAUACGUUAAAGUUUAGAUAGUGCGAAAGGCAAUGAAGAUCAAUUGGUUCUUUUACUUUUGGGGGAUGAAAUUUUCGAUUUAUAAAUUCAAUAUAUAUAUAAAUGUAUUGUAUUUGCUGCAAAAUGGAAAUAUCAUUAGAUGUUCUUAUAUAAUCCAAAAUCGAUUUGUGGAGAGAAAAACCCAAAAAAUGAAUAACUAUAUUGAGCUCUUGUAAUGCGCUGAUGUAAUAUUAAUACAAUUCAGGUAAUUUACUAAGUAUACAUAUAUGAAUAUGAAAGUAAUUGCACGUCCACGGAAAAAAAAAGUUAAUCCAUAUGAAAGAAAGAAUGUGAGAAGAAAAUAUUGAUUUCCCUUCAGGAAUAAUCUCUGUGUAUAAUGAUGAAUUUCGCUGGCGGUGUAGAGUACAUAAGCUCUAUGUUACUGCUAUACUGUAUAGAGACGAAAAUAACCCUCUUUUAAAUGUUUAUCAGUACUUGAGGCAAGAAUAAAUAAAUUUAUCAAUAAAUUCAACAAAUAU